AUGAUUACCAACUUAUUUGCUGCAUACAGUUCAACUUCGCCACGUCUCCCUGUAUAUGCUGUCUCUCACUCACGCGUCGAAGCGACUGUUCUGAGCAUGGAAUCUCACGCGCAUUCCGGCAGAAAUGUUCUCUCACCAGGCAACGACAUGGGCUUCUGCUUGAUACAAGAGUACGAGAAACAAUUACUGGCUGCUCUUCAACUCAAAUAUGACCAGCGCGCCUUCCAGGAUAACAUAAAUGACUACGCUCACACUGUCUCUGAUGGCCAUGGAAGGGCGUGGCAGAGCCUCUUUUUGUCACGGUUUAUUGCACUUUACCCAGACACUGUCCAGUCGCUGCAAGUGCACUUAGAGGAGGAGAUGGAUUAUGAAAGGAGUGGCCUGGCCAAAGAUGGGCAUGCCCUCGAGCAACAUAUGCUUCUCCCAAGCACCCAACAAGCAUCGGAAGGCCUUCAAGAUGAGCAGAGCGUGGACGCUGAGAGAGUGACUGUGGAAGGUUCUGUCUCUGAUGAGUCCGAUGGAACGGUUGAUAGUGGUACGACCGCAUGGAUUAGGAGUUGGAGGGUGUCGGCAUAUGAGACUACAGAUAGUGUGGUGGAUAAGGACUUUGAGAGCCGACUCUCUCUCGUGGUAGAACUCAAGGAGCAACGAGAUGAAGCUCGUCGUGCUGCUAUUGCCCUCUGGGUGGCUACUGUUUUUGAAGCAGAGAACUGUUCUGUUUGA